AUGUCGGAAUCCGUCCAGCCCAUCCAAACCUGUAUUCUGAGUUUCGAAAAGAUGGACCUAGUCGAUUUCGCCGGGCCAUUGGAAACGCUGUCGCAUGUUCGAGGCCCGUCUGGCGACCGUUUGUUUUCCAUUACAGUCGCCGGUCCCAGUGACGAAAUCACAACCUUACAGGACCUGGCCAUCAAACGAAAUAUCAGCUUCGAGCAAGCCAUGUCUUCCCUCGCACAGUUCGACGUCCUUAUUGUCCCAGGCGCAAGCUAUGUGGUCACGAAGGAGCUCUGUUUCCUGGACUUUCCAGUCAUUCAGAUCAUUCAGAAGUUUUCUUCUCUGCCUAAGGAUGAAUCUCGAGUCCAUCCUCGACUCCUUCUCUCAGUCUGCAGCGGGGCUUUUUUCCUUGCUUCUGCGGGAAUUCUCGCCGGCCGACGCGCGACCACUCAUUACACGAUUAUUCCAGAGCUAGCGGAGCUCUGUGCAAAGUAUGACCAGACUGAGGUUAUCCGGAAGAGGUUUGUCGAUGCCGGCUUGCUCGAUAAUGGAGUGCGGGUCGUCUCAUCUGGUGGGAUUUCCAGUGGCUUUGACGCUGCGCUGUAUGUUGUGGAGAUCCUCUGUGGCUUGUCCUGUGCCGAAAAAGCCAGUGAUGUGCUGGACUAUCAGUGGAGAAGAUCGGAGGGGUUGUUUUAA